AUGCGUGUGGGAAGCAGUCGCACGACUCUCCUGCAGCACCAGCUGGCCUCAAAGGAGCUCGAGGGCGAGGGUGAAGGCGAGGGCGAGGGUGAAGGCGAGAGCGAGGGUGAAGGCGAGAGCGAGGGCGAAGGCGAAGGCGGAGGUGGCGGUAGGCGUCCAAGUGGAGAUGGAGGUCGAGGCGAGGUCGAGGUGUGCAAAGACAGAAGCCACGAGCGUCCGGGGAGCUCGGUCGGUGGAGGCGGAGGACACGCACGAGCAGGCAGCGUGCUAUGCCGUAACCAGCAGACAGCUCCCAAUGGGCAAGAUACAACCAAGGGAAACGGGCCGCAGGAGGGGCGUGGCAGGCACAGGCACAGGCAGCGGCAGCGGCAGAGGCACAGGCACAGGCAGCGGCACAGGCACAGGCACAGGCACAGGCGUCAAGGGCAAGCUCACGGUCGAAAGAGAGAGGGCGCGAGGUGGACGAGCAGGAGAGGAGAGGCGAGGAGAGGAGAGGAGAGGAGAGGAGAGGGGGGAAGAGGGACAGAGGGACAGAGGGACAGGGACAGAGGGACAGAGGGACAGGCAAAGAGGGAAGGAUGCAGAGCAGAGCAGAGCAGAGCAGCGCAAACGCAAGCACUGCCUCUGUCGUCUCGAAGCGUCGUCCGUCGACGGAAAACCGACGCAGACACGUUUAGCGCAGCCAAUCACCGGCCGCGAGCACGUCCUGGUCGUCGUUUCAGCAGCCCUGUGCUAGCCAGUUUAGCCAGCUAG